UGUUUAUAUGCUAGAACUUUACAUACGUCCAACUAGUUUUUACUAAGCGAGUUCUACUUAAAUACGAUGUGUACACGGAUCUAAGCAGUGAAUUUUGAAGAUGGCCAGUUGAUGUUUCGUGCAGAAUUGGUGAACCGAUGGUGUGCUGUGUGGUGCAAUCUGAGAGUUCUCAGGCACAGCAUUAGCCAUGAGUAUUGAGGCGCCACAGUUUCUGAACGAUGCUGGGGGUACAUUCGCUGAGGAUGCUCCUAGACCCCCGGUUCCUGGGGAAGAGAAUGAUCACGGGAGUCACGGGAGUAAUAGUGGUAACUCCACGCGGAGUUACAAUUCGUUAAAAAGUCGAGGAUCUAGUAGAAGUUCAGGAAAAAGGAUGAGUGAAGUUAGUCAUUCGCCCGCGGCGACUCCGCGGCAGUCAAGUUUAAAGGGGGUGAUUUUGUGUGAUGAUGAUGCCCCGCUGGGUUUUGAACCUGAAGGGAGUUGCUCAAAUUCCCCCCAGUUCACUGAAAAUAGUACUCCUUCCUACCUCAAAUGGGCUGAGAAUCUGACAUUUCUAUUAGAGGAUAGUGAUGGUGUGAAAUUGUUCAAGCAGUUUUUGUGUACUGAAAAUUGUGCGAACACGUUAGAUUUUUGGUUUGCUUGUCAGGGAUUUAAAAAUAAUGUGCCUCCGAAUGAUGUUCAGAAAAUCCACCAGUUAAUAAAAUUGAUCUAUCGGAAUUAUAUACGAGGUGAAACGACAAUAGCCAUUAAGGCUGACACCAAGAAAGCAAUCGUGGACAAAAUCAGUAAAAAGGAGCAACUGGAUCAAAUGAUAUUCGAUGAUGCUCAAACAGAAAUCGAAGACCAAAUGAAAAACACGCUCUACCCAUCAUUUCUUAAGUCGGAGUUAUAUGUGCAAUAUGUACAAAACGGUGGUGAGAGCCCAAAGACCAGUACGACUGCUAGUUCAAGUGGUUCGAAUAGUGUGCGACCGCUUUCAGGAAUAUUACCCACAGUUCAUGAGGAUUCAGAGUUACAACAAGCGGAUAUCAAUGCAAAAGUGACUACUGCCUUGACGAAAGGAGCGUUAUUAGCAACAAGUCUUUCGCGUGCCCAGUUCAGUGGUGCUAGAAAAGUCAACGAAGGAGUAUCAGGGUCCACGCCUUAUAUAUCAUCAGGUGGGAAGGUUCCAAAUCCUUACCAUGUUUCAUACGCACCAGUUUCGGCGCAGGACAGCGAGUUACAGAGUCUAUCCAGCGAUGCCCUCACAGAUGAAACCAUGUCCCUCACAGACAGCAGUGUGUGGUAUUUGUCAAAUUCCCCUGUUGGAGGAGCCUCGGACUGCGAUGGCAUCCCUCCAAGUUACCACACCAAAAAGUGGAAAGUGCAGCAACGGAGGGCAAUGAAGAGGAGUGCACAACAGAAUAAGGACACAACUCUUACGCAGAACAUAAUACCGAGGACAGAGCGAGCGCCCAAGGACAGGAACAUUGCUGAGGUCGACCCGAUUUCUUUCGCGGCAAUGCUGACUGAAAAAUUAGAGAAAGUCCUGAAGGAACAGGAAAAUAUGGAAAAAAUCAAGAAGUUAAUGAAUGAGAGUGAAGAGUCAGAAGAGAAGCCGAUGAAUGUAAGCGGGAAGUUAGCGCCGUCUACAGAUCUGACGACGUUGAUGGCAGCUGCCGCGGCGAAUGCUAUGGCGGAGCAUGAGGCGAACGCUCAGAGUAUACUGGAGGAACAUGUCUCGAGAAUAUGGGACAAUUCUGCACAUGGAACGCCGAGUCGCUCUCCUGGACGACAUACGCCCAAAUCAAAAUCUCCGGAACGUGCUUACAGAAAACUUUUAUCACCUGGUUACAUGGCGUGUGUUCCGGCGCCAAGUUAUAAUAAGACGUAUAAAAGGAAAGAUAAAGACUACGCUUCUCUGUUAUCUUAUGACAGUGGUGUUAGUGAGCCGAGUGGUCACACGUUCGAUAACCAUGAUAACUGUAGUUCACAUUGUAAACACAUUCACCACCACCAUCAUCAUCAUCACAUACGAGAUUUAAAAUCAAAACAACAUUUCGAAAUCGAAGCACAACAAUGCGGGUUUUCAGCAUGUUAUGUUGAGGAGCAUAGUUUACGGGGUGCACACCCACCGGACUCUUUACCACUGCCGGGCCACCGAGAAGGUCGCGCCAGAGACUCGGGUAAAAGAAGUAGUAACAAUAAUAGUAAGAAAAUCUCAGCGGACUCUAUGAGCAAUGUGUAUGACAGUGGAGUGAGCAUGGCCUAUGACAGAUCACCACCGAUGGCGGUACCUAACUUGACGAACCCAAGCAAUGAGAAGGUAUUAAACUGGAUGUUGGAGAAUGAAAAGCUCAAGGAGUACUCCACGCACACCGACUCCGACCGCAGUUCCUCACACAAACGCUCACACAAGUCCUCGACUGCUUCACCAUCACAGCAUAGGCAAGGAAACUCCAAGAAAGCUGGAGUUGCUUACCACACGAGUCGAUCAGGAUCACAAGAGCGCAGUGGUUUGGGGUCGUGGAUCGGACCAGAUGUGGCGCCUGUCCAUCACAAGAAACCUACGCAGCCUUUCGUUCAAGAUCCAAACAUGCCCUUGCUGACCCCUCCAAACCCUACCACACAGCUGGAAGAGGCCAAGAGGAGGUUGGAAAAAGAGGCAAAGAUGCCAAAAUCAAGAUCUUUCACCGGUGCUGUAUCCAAGGAUAAGCGACCACCACAAACUCUUGGACAUCCAGCGCCACUUAGACAGUCCACGUGUAGACAAGGGCUAGAGAUUGACCAGCCGCCGUCAGAAGGAAGCAGUCAGCCACCGUCAAGGCAAGAGAAAUCACAGAGUAGGUCAUCGUCUGCUAGUGCCCCAACAACGCCUGGCUCACAGGGCGAGAAGACCGUUGUCGGCUACUACCUGUGUGGUGACCCGAUCCCGUACAGGAGCGUCAUCGAGGGCAAGAAUAUCACACUAAAACAGUUCAAGCAGCUCAUUACUAAGAAGGGCAACUACAAAUACUUCUUCAAGCGAGCCAGUGAUGAGUUUGAGACCGGAGUCGUCCACGAAGAAAUCACCGAUGAGAAUUCUGUGCUGCCACUCUGGGAAGGAAAGAUCGUAGGCAAGAUUGAGAAGAUUGAAUAAAUGGUGCCCUUGCUGAUCGAUGUGACCUUGACCUCAAGUCUACUGUGAUCUGUACAUUAUUACCUCAUUAUAAGGUCGAAUCUUGGACAAUCGUUCGAAGUUGAAAAGAAUGCAUCAAAAUUUGGACGGAUCUGUCCUGGAGACGCAGAAUAGUGUUGAUGGAUGUUAGCCACUGUGAAUGGCAGCAUGACAGACUGUGUGCUUUCGCUCGCCUCCUAUUAGUGCCGUCACUAAACAGGAGGCGAAAAGACUUUCUGCCGACGGAUGCGUUCGUUGGUAAGACUUUUGUAAAUCAGGGAGUUUAUCAAAAUGACGUAUUGUGUAGCUCAACCAUUGCAUUACUGGUGCAGUUAGCGUAGCCCUUGCCCCCUGACCUUUGUUUCGAGUCUGUAUGAUACCAUUCCAUACAAUGGCCAUGACGGAUGUAAAUAAAGCGUAAUCAUAAAUAUGAUUUGUAUAUAAUUUUACUGGUGGCUAACGUGGUGAGAUUUGUAAAUGAGAUGCCAAAUAUUUUACCCUGCCCUGAUGUUCUGUUGUGUUGAUCAACAUUGAUAUUUUAUCAUAACCACCCUGGGUUGUUAUAAUGGAUCCAUCCUUUCUCAUGGGUUACUGUUAGAAUGGAUGAAACCAUUAUUUGAAUGGAGGUAGCUAGAUGCUGGAUUGACUGCAACUGCAAACAGAAUCACAGCUACAUUUUUACAAGGUGCCGUUUUAUUUUGACACUGUACUCGGAUGCCACCUGCAGCUUCGCAGUUUAGGAAGAUUUUAAAGUUUUUAGAAGGACGGAAUGAUAAACCUUUUGUAUUUCUUUACAUUUUAUCUCCCUGUGGCUCUUUUAUGGCUCUCUAUAAUAGGUUUUAAUGUCAGAGACGUUAUUCCAACUGUGUGCUGAUUACCCCGCGGUCAAGUCUUAACGAGGUGUCACAUGGCCUUCUGUACCUGCUGUGCUGAUUUCAUGGUUCGGUAGUCUUGCCCAUAUCCAUGACAAAUUAUCCAUUUAAGGUGGAUAUUGUGAUCGUGUCAUUUACACUUGCAGCUUUGUAUUUCCUGGACUCUUUCAUUGCUCCCUUAUGGCCAUUCUUGCCAGGGUUAUGACCUCAGUGUCUGGAGAAGGUCUGAGAAUUCAUUGUUAAGAUACUAAACAGUGGUACCUUUAACUUUUGUUUUCACAGGAGGGGGAGUUCUUAAAGCAAGUUUUAAUGUCAAAAGACAAGCUCCCAUGAAAUGACUUGGAAUUUCCACUCCUCUUUCUGAAUCUCCCUUUAUGCUUAACUUGCCGAAAAAUUAACUGAUGAUAUAGCUAUUUGGCAGAGCUUAGCUCAGCAGGUGCACUAGAGUUUUGACAGGGUAGAGAUGAUUUGACCACGAAAUAAACCCAUGACAAUCGAUAAACAUGAUGUGUUCCUUUAACUUUAGUUUUGUGGCCAGUACUCAUUUGUAUCUUGAAAAUGGGAAGAUUGAGUGUAAGCUGUGAAUUGGAGUAUCUAAGUGCUAAGAAAGUGUCGGUCAUUUUGAGUCUCACUGAUCUCUACAGAAUCUCAUACACAAGGAAAUCUGCAAACGUUUUGGGUCGGGUGGGCUCUUUAAUGGUGUUUCCCUGUCGAAGACUAAAGAAUGCUUUCCCUUCAGAUUCUUAUUUGGUAGGCAGCCCUGCUGACAUGUUGGUUCAUACCAUGUUUGGGAGGUGAUGAUGGUGUCUCUAUUGGUGGCCAUUUUGACUAUAGCAAGAUAUGUGCAAGCAUAACAACGAUUAGAAUCGUUUGGUAGUUCCUGGCGAUGUUGCUGCUUUACUCUGCCUGGCUAUAGUCAAAAUGGCGGCCAAAACUGAUGCCGCAAGCCACUUUUGAGAACAUCGGGUACCAGCAUGCCAUGCAAACUCUUCCUUUCUUGUGCUUCCGUCUGCUCUAGACACGUCAUCCGCCAACAACACGUGAUUUCUUCAGCAGACGUUUCAAAGCUGUACACACGUCUCCUGCUUCUUCAGGUAUUUCACGAGCUUUAGAGGUCUGGUUAUAUCAAGCCUGCCUUUCGUUUCUUCUGAAGAGGUAUGACACUUUCACACUUAAUUUUAAAGGCACUUGUCUGUGGGAAUUCACUGAUUUUAUGUGUGCACUGCAGACCAAUGUUUUGAUAAAGAGGAAGUGUUUUUGUCUCCUGCCAAUAAAGCCCACUUCUAGGAAUCCAGGACUCUGUACUCUGUGUAACUGGAGGUGUGACUGUUUUAUUGUUUUGUGGCUAAAAGUACAUUGUGGUCAAUUGUUAUCAGUCAGUUUGAACCACUUGCUAAAAGCAACCUACUGGACGUCUUUAGAAAUACAUCACAUUUUCUAGUACUUCUUUAUCUCCAUUAAAGAAUCUGUACUUAAAACAACCAUAUGAGAUACUGUAAGGUGCUAAUCAUCGACUAUAGGCACUAAAGAUUAUCACUACAUUGACUUCAUUCCUAGUUACACAAUCGACACCUAAUGGACAAAAAUCAAAAUGCACUUGAGCACUUGGCGCAGUUUGGACUGAAAAUUGAAGUACUCUUAGCAAUGAAUGUAUUGGAAGAUCAUGUAACCAACAUAUUCAAACAUCAUGUAUGAUAACUGUGCUUACAUCAUCAUCAAUCUUUUGAUUUGUUGGUUUUUGCUUCCGUGUGAAGAAUGGAUUGGAAAUGCAACUCAUUGUUUAGAGUUCUUUAGUUUUACUCUUGUCUUAUGGUGCGUAUAGUCGAUGGAUAGUCCUCAUCCUUGUCUUUAAGGCAGUCAGCGUUUUAGUUGAGCAUCAUAUUUCAUCCAUUUAAUACCAAAUAAAUAGCAUUUGUAAGAAAACGUAUUGAUAAAUACUUGUAAAUACUUGUCCUACAGUUUGUAUUGCUAAGUACAGUGUGUGUCAGUUUCAUCCAAGCAACUUGGAUCAAGGGAUUGUGCAAAUAUUUUUGUGAUCAUUUUGAGUCCAAUUUUAGGGACUUGCAUUGAUUGAAGAUAGAAAGUUUUCAAACUUGAAGGAAAAAAACGUUGACAGAGUUGGUGAUGGUGGAUUGGUCACAUCACCAACAUGUGACCAUAUUGUGGUUUUCCUAGACUUCGACGAGAUUGAUUGCAUUUUGCAAAGAAGUCCCUGGCUUCAAUUAGGGAACCAUUGAUCACUUUUAAAGAAGGGUCCCAAGACCACAAAAGGAUGUUUGUCGAUUCACUUCAUGCUCUUUUGGAAUUAUUGAUGAAAACUGUCUGGUGACACAAAUAUUUGCAUGACCUUUUUUUUUAGCGUGUACAUUCUGUAUAUGACAUCUCUCCCCGAGGAUCUGUGUUGUUUGGGUGACAAUGUAAACCGGGAAGAUUUAGCGCAGUUUUAUUCUUGCGGUUCGCCAACAAUUCCGAUAAAAUGUUUUUUCUAUAUUUUUGUUUUUUUGGCGGUUUACAAAAUUUCCAAGACUUUUUUUCACAAUUUUGAUUUUCAUGGAUCUAGGUCUAUUGCGAAAUCUGCAAAAAUAAAAACGUCUGCGAAAAACUUGUCGGUUUAUAGUACUUGUUGGUUCAUACAAACUGAAUGGUGUACUGCUUUAUCAGGCUGAGGGUGCUUCGCUCCUGCCAACAAUCAAUGACAAUCAUAUUUUAACUCUGUGAAGUAUUCUCUUUGGUGAUUUUCAAGUUGUCGUUGUUGUACUGGUUCAUCUGGAGGCAUUAGGUUAUUUUUUGUCGUCGUCUUCUGCAGGAGAUUUUAGCACAGCCAGGUACCUCGCACUGGCAAAACUUCCAAACUCCAUGUCCUAUCAGUGGAGGAAAUAUCUUUGCUGGGUGUGAGUCAUCCUCUAUUCCUCCAGGGAUUUCAAAGGAAACAAAUGUAUGUCAAAGUCUUGAUGGGGAAAGAUGGUUAUGUGAGUGCCAAAGUUUUAUGGCUAAAAUUUCUUGUGGUGAUGACAACUUGUUUCAGAAAUUGUCCUUCGGUUUUAUACAUGUAUAUCAAUUCACUCAACUUUAUUGAUGUCUAUGUGAUCGGUACUAAUCCUUCCUUGAAAACAAAUCGAUCUUCCUGCUACAAAAGCAGAGUUAAAGGGACCACUUGGGCGUGGGAUUUACCUGGCCAGGAGGAUAAUACCCCUGCUUGCCACCAUGCGCUGCCACCUGUAGUAUCACACCAACACUGAUCUCUAAUAAUGAUUUUUGGUGGUGUUUCGAGGCAAUUUUGGACAAGGCUUGUGAAUUUCAGGCGGCCCUAUGGUUACACCUCGUUCUAGUGCAUUGUUUAUUUCAGUUCAACGAUUUUUCAGUUGAUCCUGUUUGAUGAUGUUGCGUUCCUGCUGGAAGCCAUUUUUGUAUGAAAAACCAACAUAUCUCAUGCCCAAGUUGUCUCUUUAAGAUUUGUUUCCUUUUCCUCUCAGUAUUUCUAUAAAGCGACAAUUUCAAUCAUUCUGUGUAGUUCUGUUCUAGUGUUACUUAUCAAUAAUUUGGUGGAAGAAAAAGAAAUCGUGGGUGAUUUCUAAUUCUUGAGCUGAUGAGAACAGUUUUGAUGAUUAAUUAUGUAAAUCUCAACAAAAAGACAAGUAAACCCCAUGAAUGUAAGAAUUUCUUUGAAAGAUUUGAAAAUGCUAAUUCAAUUGAAAACGUUAUUCAACACUCCUUGUGUCUUGACCACGGUGCCCUUGUUCUACUUUACAGCCCUUAUCAGUGUAAUUCACAGUUUCUAGCUUUACCUUACUCCAAAAAUUCCGACAAUCCUGAGGGGUUAACCGAGCCUUGGUGAGUUUUGGUCAUUUGAGAAUUACUUGCCCUCAGGGUCAAUCUUUGAUCUAUUCAGAACCAUUUGUAGAACCACUCAUCCGUUCCACUGGGCCAGACUCUUUUGUUAUCUUGCUCUGAAUCUUUUCUUGCUCUGUAUGUUUGAAAGAAGUCAAUUUUUCUGUGGCCAUAUUGGCUCAUAUUCUGAACAGUAUCUGUUUAACAAGCAAUAACUAACCCUUUAUUGUCUGUUUCCUGGACCAAAAUGAGUCCAUUGAAAUCCGUUUGUGAAUUCAUUGUAAGAGGGUUUCUUUAUUGCACAAGUUGGUGAGAUAUUUGUGUUCUUUGGUUCAGCAAUCAGCUGUUAUCAGUAAUCCUAGUUCUAACAUUCUAAAUGAGCAGCAUGUAUCUAGUCUGAAGUUAUUGCCUACCCUUGCAUUUCAAAUCAAAGUAAAUCUAGGUUGGCUUCUGAAAAUACUGCUAUAAUUGCCAUCAUACAAAUUUUGUGUUUUGGCAGCUGCUUGUUCACUUAAGACCAGGCCAGUAUACCAACAGUUCAUUCUUCAUGUAUGUUCACAUUUCAAGGAAAAUUGAACAAGAAGUAAAUACAGCAUUUGAUUCACUACACUGUGACCAUGAUAUGUUUGCUAGGCGAAAGUUGGCAGGUUUGCUCAGUUUGAGUUGCCGUGAAAAUGACAUGAUUUAUAGUGUAUGCUUAUUAGAUUGCACCCCACCAAAAACUCUCCUGAGAAAACAAUCAGUUAUGACCCCAUACCAGGUGUUUUAAAUCUGCAUAUUUCCAAUGUGUGUGCCGUUAUGGUGAUAAGAUUAAGCGUUUGAUUCAGUCUAAUUGGACACAAGACCAGUGUGCAUCCUGUGUGCAGCUCUAUACAGGUUUCUCUCUAACAUGUUCUCAGGCUAACUUUUGGCCAUUAUUGACAAAAACUAAUUAGAUUCUCACCCACAAACGUGUUGCCAAAAGGCAUGAGGCUUCUGCCUCGGUAAAAAACCAAUGAUUGAGUAAUUAUAAUCUGUGACAAUUAGGACGCUGUAAUCGUCCUGAAGCCUGGGGCUGUUCUGACCUUCAAACAACUGAUCUGAUUUGCAUAGAUAUUUUACCCUUGGAGUUAAAUUUGUCUGGAGUUGGUUUGAGCAGUGUGUAUUUAUUGUAGGCACUGUGAAAAAUUCUACCUUGAAUAUUGGCAAACUUAUUCACUUGAAUCAAAUGAUUGGUCAUGAAGUUUUAAAUUUGUACCUCCAGUGGUUCAUUUGAUCAUGCAGGGCAGGAUGCCAGACCGGUCUUGUGUGAUUUUGUCAGAUUUGUUGGUCAAAGUUUUAUCAUCACAACCAUGAGCUACUGUUACAUGCUUUAUUUGGAAGUGAAAAAUCUGGGCUAUAAUGUCUGAUUUUACCAUAAUUCUAGAGCAAUUUGUUCCAAUUCAAAUAGUUUUUUUCUCUGCAGACGUGGCUGUUUUAUCGAUAUCGGUUUAUUGUUACAAUAGGUUUAGGUGGUGACACCUUCCUCCAAAUGACUGAAUCGUGAAUGUAUGUACAUGUAUGUACAAAAUACUUUGUUAUUUACAACCAUGGCAAAUGUUUGUCCUUGUCUCCUUGACAACCACUAUUCUUUUGUUUCCAAAAAAGGAAAUGUCUGCAUUGUUUUGGUCUCGGAAGUGUUAUUUUAUGCACCAAUUCUGACAAAUUUUCAAAUUUGAUGGUUUUUUUCUACAGUAUGAAGUUUUGAACUAUAAAUAUCUGUUCAAAGCUUUUCCUCAUACUUGAGGGACUAUUUAUAAUUUAUAAUAAUUAUUUCAUGAAAAAUUGACCAAAGUGUUGGUUGCCCGCAGCAUGUGACUUCUUGAGAGAACAUGGGGUUUUAAAGCUAAGUAAAUUCAGUUCGAUUGUAUGCCUACUUCAAAUAUCUUUGGUUUGGACCAUGCUUCCGAGCUCAGAACAAAAUUGAUGUUUGAUUUGUGGAUGAACAAUAUAUUGAUAAUGAAUGUAAAUAACUGUUUUGUACCCUCCACCCAGUGACGUGUCAAAAUGGUUAUUGCCAAUAGUUGUAAAAACACCAGACACCAGACAUUUACAUGUAUUUAGUUUCAAACAAUAAAGUUUGUAUAUUAUUUUUAGAGAAA